AUGAACCAAUCACUGGUCAGUUGUCUGCAGACUAAAAGUAUUUCACGUGGAAAAUCACACCAUAAAAUUAAGGCAACGUCACAACAUCGAUAUGAUACUCAUCAAAAGUCACCCGGAAAGAAGCAUGAUACCCGGGGUACAAGUGUUUCAGAGUCAGAAUCUUCAGGAUGCGAUCAUAGUCAUUCACGCGAGCGUUCAGAAUCAUCCAAGUCAUCUGAACAUUCAGCAUCAUCAAAUUCAUCUGUUGGUAGUCUUAUUACAUCAUAUCAUUCUGCAUCACAGGCAAGUUCACACAGUUCAGUUUGCUCAGGCGAAAAAAUGAGAGUUCGGAACAGACAUAAACACUGUAACAUAAAAGAAGGCCUUCAAGUUCACAUAAGAGUACUAAGUUAA